ACUGCCUUAAUUUAAGGCUUAAAGCCGCGUUUUCACCCUCUCGUGGGCGAGAGCGUGCGUCGCGUGUGCGUAUUGUUUGUUUAUUCGUUUAUUUAUUUAUUUCUUUAAACGUUUCGCAUUAUUUAUUUAUUUACUUGCUCGUUUCUUUGAUUUGCUUAUUUAUUUAUUUAUUUAUUUUUCACUCGUCUCCAUCGGAGGUGCCAGCCGGCUCCACCACCACGGUAAUAAAUCUAGUUUUCGGCUGCGCUCUGGGUGCGUGCGGCCCGACCGGGGGGAGGCAUCAUGUCGGAUGUGCUGCCCUUCAACGACGACAACAUCGCGCACUAUGGCGACGACGAGGACGUGGGGCAGAUCUCCAUCACCUGCCGCCUGCAGGACACCAACAACUUCUUCGGCGCUGCCCAGAAUAAAAGACCCCCCAAGCUGGGGCAGAUCGGCAGGAGUAAACGAGUUGUCAUUGAAGAUGACAGCAUCGAUGAUGUGUUGAAAAACGCCACAGAGAAGACACCCACAGGUGUCUAAAAUGAUCCAAAGACAGUGGGUAGAGGAGAUUGGUAUCAAUGGAUCACCCUCAUUUGGCAAAAAAAGAAAACAGCACUUUGAACCCCCCCCCCCACAUAAUGGGCUGCAGCCCCCCUUUGGUGUUGGCCACUAGAGUCCUAUUGCGGGCAGGUCCUGAACAGAAAAAGCAGAGUGAUUCAGCUCGAACCCUGAACUUUUUCUGUCCGAUGGCGCGUAACAAAAAUAUUAUUGAUUGAUAUUACCCCACCCAAAAGAGCUGAGGAGGGAAAAUGGAUUUGCGUCCCCAGUUUUUCCUUUUUUUUCUUUUUUUUUUUUUUUUGAGCCAGUAUUGUACAACUCAGAAGCACUGGAAGAUGGAAAAAAAAAAAAACCCAUAUAGCUAAGCACACGAUAUAUCUCAGUCCCUUUGUAUUCUUUCGUUGUACCCUGGCUAAGGCUAAGCACUUUGUUUACUCUGUAUUUUUGCAAAAAUAUAAUUAUCAUUUUUGUGCACAAUGGAUGUAAAACGCUUUUUGAUGUUGUUCACCUGUACAAAUAGAUCAUUUAUUAACUUUUGGAUACCUUUUUUGCAGUGCUGAAAGACGGAACAACAUGUUUUAUAUGGAAUGACAAAUUAAGGUGUUAACCUUUUUUAUUAUGAAUUUGAUGUUGCUCGACUUCUAUUUUGUUGUUGCUACAAACUGCCUGCUCAUUCUAAGGUGUGACGCUUCCUUUUUUAAUAUAAUGGAGCUGUUUAUAAAAUAGCCGGUCCCAUUUCUCUUUUUCAGUAAAAGUGUUUGUCAUUACAGUUUCUGAAUGAAUAAGUAUAUUUUCAGUAAGUUGGAACAUAAUCACACCUGUGCCAAAUAUGUCGGAGGGUUCCAGUCAGCCGGGCUCUCCCAGCUCUCAGUAAAUGUAAUGUUUUGUUAAUGUUUCCGUUGGCUGUCAUGUUUAUGUUCCAGGGCCUUCCUACUGGUGAAGUAUCUGCUCUUGCAUGAAAUGGGCAAAGUGACCCAUUACAGCUGUGAAACUGGUAACCUACUGAACAUCUUGUUUGCAACUUCAAAUGAACAACCUCAAGAACCUUCUUUAAUCAAUAUUGUGUAUGUUGCACUUCUCGACUCACUGAAUAGGGCUAUUUCUGCAAUGUACA